AUGUCCCAGCCGUCCGGGCCACCUAUUGGCUUCUCGAAUCCGGACUACAUUCCGCCGAAGGCCUUGGAUCUUCUGAAACCUGCGCUCACGAUACGGGCCCCGCCAGAGGAAACAGGGAUGCUGGGCGAGCUUCAAGAAGAUGUUCUGCAAGUUCUAAGCCUUCCGUGUAGGCACACAAAUGCCUGCCUGCCUGCCUGCCUCCAAUCAUUACCUAUUCUGUGCUCUUUUUAA